AUGAAUAUAUUUUUUAAUAAAAAACAAAAAACUCCAACCGAAUUGGUUAAAUCAAUAAAGGAGAGUCUAUUCUCUAUGGAUAAAUCAGGACCAAAUUCAAAAACAACAGAAAAAGCAUCAGAAGAAAUUUCAAAAUGUCUUCAAGAAAUUAAAAAGGUAUUACAAGGCGAUGGUGAACACGAACCAAAUCAAGAAUCAGUUGGUGCUUUAACAAAUGAAAUUUGUGCAGGUGAUUUAAUUCCCCUCAUUAUUAAAGAUCUCGGUAAAUUAGAAUUUGAAGCUAAAAAGGAUGUUGCCCAAAUUUUCAACAUUUUAUUAAGAUAUAAAAAUGGUUCACGUUCACCAUUUGUAGAAUUUAUUUCAAAAAAUACAGAUAUUUUAGACUCAUUAGUUAAGGGGUACGAACAACAAGACGUUGCAUUAAAUUGUGGUACAAUGCUUAGAGAAUGCAUCAAACAUGAAUCAUUAGCAAAAAGUUUAAUUUACUCACCAAACUUUUGGGAAUUCUUUGAAUUUGUCGAAGUUUCAAAUUUUGAUGUCGCCUCUGAUACAUUUGCUACCUUUAAAGAAUUAUUAACCAAACAUAAAGCAUUAAGCGCAGACUUUUUAGAAAAAAAUUAUGAUCAAGUUUUUGAAAGAUAUACAACUUUAUUAAAUUCACAAAAUUAUGUUACAAGAAGACAAUCUAUUAAAUUAUUAGGUGAACUUUUAUUAGAUCGUUCAAAUUUCAAUAUUAUGACAAAAUAUAUCAGCUCUGCUGCAAAUCUUAAAUUAAUGAUGAACCUUUUAAGAGAUAAAUCAAAGAGUAUUCAAUAUGAAGCUUUCCAUGUAUUCAAAGUAUUUGUUGCCAAUCCAAAUAAAACUAAACCAAUUCUUGAAAUUUUAACUAAAAAUAAAGAAAGAUUAAUCACUUUCUUAACACAAUUCCAUAAUGAUAAAGAAGAAGAACAAUUUAGUGAUGAAAAGAAUUUCUUAAUCAAACAAAUUCAAGCUAUUCAAUCAGACAAUUAAGAUGGUUUCAAUUCUUUUCUUUUAUUUUUUUUAUCUUUUCUUUGUUUUAUCUAUUUUUCUUCUAUAAUAAUACUUUUAUAAUACAAACAAAAAAAUUUAAAAAAAAAUAACUAUAAAAAAAAAAAAUCAGAAAAAAAAAUAAUCCAAUGUAGUUUUUAAUAAUAAUAAUAAUAAUAAUACCCAUAUUUAAUAAUAAUAUGUUAUAAAAUAAAUACUUUUUUUUUUUU